GGCUUCGCUUCGUCGUCGUCGGCGCGUCCUCGCCACCCGGAGCCGAUCGAUACGUGAAGCAUGGCCUCCUACAUGCUCCCGCACCGGCGCGGCCUCGGGCGCGACGCCCAGGCGGCGACGUCGGCGGAGAAGAAACGGGAAAUGGCCGCCAUGGGCAUCAGCCCCUCGUCGAACACGGACGAGCCCUACACGCGCGAGCGCGGGCUCGCCUCCGCCGGGUCGCGCGCGGAGCGGCGGCGCGCCCAGGAGCAGGCGCGGGACGCGGCGGCGGCCGCCGGCGGCUUCGUCGGCGGCGGCCCGUCGCCCGCGGCCGGCGGCUUCGUCGGCGGCAACCCCGCGCCGCCGCCGCGCGGCCGCCCCGACGACGACGACGGCGACGAUCCGGACAGCGACCGCCGCCCCGCCGCCGCGCCGCGGAAGCUCAAGCUGUCGGCUACGCGGCUCAUGCGCAACGCGCUCCACGCGCACAACUACGGCCUUCACCAGAACGCGCUCGAGGCGUUCGACGCGGCGCUCGGGAGCCCCGAGGGGCGGUCGACGGACCUGAUCCGCGCCGAGUGCAUGGCGCACAAGGCGGCGACGCUCCACGCCAUGGGCCGCCACACGGACGCCCUCGCCUGCGCCGAGGAGGCGAAGCGCCUCGACCCGAAGCAGCCGCGCGCGUACUUCGGGCUCGCGCUCGCGCGCGACGGCCUCGGCGAGCCCAUGAAGAGCAUGGACGCCAUCCAGGACGGCAUGCGCUGCCAGGCGAAGAGCGGCUCCAUCUUCGACCCCGUCAUCGAGCUCAUCAAGCCCAAGCUGCAGGCGCUGACGAAGCUCAAGGACGCCGCGGAGAAGGGCAACCUGCCGGAGUGCGAGAAGCUCGCGGACCGCCUCGACGGCUUCGGCUUCCCGGCCAUGAAGUCGCUGAGCAGCGGCGAGCCGCGCAAGGAGAUCACCGCGGCCCACGCGGCCGUCGACGGCGGCCAGCUCGAGGUCAUCGCGUUCCUUGGGGCGCGCGGCUUCGACCUGGACGUCGCCGACUGCGAGGGCGACACGCCCCUCGCCUCCCUCUUCUUCGGGGACCGGGGCCGCGGCGGCGGCCACCACGUGCGCGGCGACGCCUGGAAGGCCAUCGCGGCCGCGCUGCUCGCCGCGGGCGCGGACCCGCGCGCGCGCGGCGCGGACGGCCUCCCGCCGCUCCACCGCGCGCUCGACGUCGGCGACGUCGACGUCGCCGCCGUGCUCUACGACCACGACGCGACGAUCCUCGCGCGCUGCCCCGACGCGGCGGGGCGGUCGCCGCUCCACGCGGCGUGCGCGGUGCCCGGCGAGGCGAACGAGAUCGUGAAGCACGGCUGCGUCGAGUGGCUCCUCGCGCGCGGCGGGCCGGACCUGCUCCUCGCCAAGGACGCCGAGGGGCGCGUGCCGCUGAAGCUCCUGCGCCACGACGCCGACGCCGUCGACGCGAAGAUCAAGAAGUGGAUCUCCGCGUGGCUCCGCCUCGCGCGCAAGGCCAAGCUCGUCGGCGCGCUGCCGCCGCCGCCGCCCUACGACCAGGGCGACGCGGGCGCCGCACCGGAGCCCGCGCGCGACGGCCGGGCCCGCGGCUUCCGCGCACGGCUCGUCGACGACGGCGCGGUCGAGCCGCCGAAGCCCCGCUUCAAGCCCGAGCUCCACGCCAUCCCCAUCACGGACCAGUACCGCCGCUUCGACGCCAUCGACUACGACCGGGAGAAGGCCGACGCGCCGCCGGCCAAUGCGGAGUAACGCCCGUUUUAGUCGCG